UAUGAUAUUUAGUACAUCGUCGGCAGCACAUCGCCACCGAUUGGUCUCCCGAUAAUAUGCUAAUAUUAUAAUUAUUGCACAUCGAAUCCCGAUGAAACGUGACACCUGAAGUCGCCAUCCGAAUUGUAUCCGCGGUCAUUUAGUUUUUUGACGUUGUUUUCGUAACUUGUCACUGCUCUUUAUCACAAAAAAAAAAAAAAAAUGCCGGACUUCGACAGUAUCGGAGGAGAGGAGGUUUCGAGCUGUAUGCCGAAGGUACAUUUGCAGUGGGCUUCCGGAUCGCAGCCGGUCAGGAAGUUGAGCGUUGUGUCGUUGCUACCCAAUAAGCUAAAAGAUUUCGUCGAGGACAGUGUGCGGUUGUGCAGGCCGUCAAACCUGUACAUUUGCGAUGGAUCCGAAGCUGAAAACACGAUGCUCAUCGAACGUCUGCUGGAAAACAACACCAUCAUUCCGCUGCCCAAGUACAAAAACUGUUUUUUGGCCAGGAGCAGUCCCAGGGACGUUGCCAGGGUGGAGAGUCGGACGUUCAUAUGUACCAAAAACAAGAGAGACGCAGUUAAUGUGCCAAAGGGUUCGGCUAAGGGGAUGCUGGGAAACUGGAUGAGUCUGGAAGAAGCGGACAGCGCGGUCGCUGAACGGUUCCCAGGAUGUAUGGAGGGUAGGACCAUGUAUGUUAUACCAUUCAGCAUGGGACCUCUAGACUCGCCUUACUCAAAACUUGGAGUCCAACUCACGGACUCGGCGUACGUCGUGUGCUCGAUGCGUAUCAUGACCAGGAUCGGCACAAAGGUGCUGGAAAAACUUGACUCUCCUGACGAUAGUGGCAACGGCGUAGGUUACUUCGUUAAGGCCUUACAUUCAGUUGGCCGUCCUGCUCAUGGUCCAGUCCAACACCCGCACUGGCCCUGUGACCCCGAUCGUACCAUCAUCCUACACAAACCCGAGAUGGAUGAAAUCAUUAGUUAUGGAAGCGGAUACGGCGGCAACUCGCUCCUGGGCAAGAAGUGUUUCGCUUUAAGAAUUGGUUCGUCAAUAGCUCAUCGCGAGGGUUGGCUUGCAGAACACAUGUUGAUCAUGGGCGUGACUAAUCCGAGGGGUCGAAAACGGUACGUGGCGGCCGCGUUCCCUAGUGCCUGUGGCAAGACCAACAUGGCCAUGAUGCAACCCACACUUCCAGGUUACAAGGUGGAGUGUGUGGGUGAUGACAUCGUAUGGAUGCGGUUUGACCGGAACGGACAGUUGAGGGCCAUUAACCCAGAAUUUGGAUUCUUCGGUGUGGCACCCGGCACAUCCAGAGCUACAAACCCCGUGGCCAUGGACACGGUGUUUGAGAAUACGAUAUUUACCAAUGUAGCACAAACCAGCGAUGGUGGCGUGUAUUGGGAAGGGAUGGAUAAACUGGAACCCGGAGUUACAGUCACUGCAGACUGGCAGGGUAAUCCGUGGACCCCCGGCGGCGCACCAGCCGCGCACCCGAAUUCCAGGUUCUGCACACCAGCAGCACAGUGUCCGAUUAUCGACCCUAAUUGGCAGUCCCCGGAAGGUGUACCAAUCGACGCCAUCUUGUUCGGCGGCAGACGUCCAUCUGGCGUGCCUCUGGUAUACGAGGCGUUUGACUGGAAACACGGGGUGUACGUCGGUGCUUCCAUGAAGUCUGAAGCCACUGCAGCUGCAGAGCACAAGGGCAAGGACAUCAUGCACGACCCGUUUGCCAUGCGGCCAUUUUUCGGAUAUAACUUUGGACACUACCUGCAGCACUGGCUGUCGAUGGAGACAGCGUCACCCAACGUCAAAGUGCCUAAAGUAUUCCACGUCAAUUGGUUCCGAAAAAAUGACCAAGGAAAAUACAUGUGGCCAGGAUACGGUGAAAACUGUCGUGUUUUGGAUUGGAUUUUGCGCCGGAUAGACAACGAACCCUUCACGGCACGACCGACACCCAUCGGUUAUGUACCUACCCGCGAAACGUUCGACGUCCAUGGACUAAAUGUGGACUUUGACGGGCUGUUUUCCGUCCCUAUCGACUUUUGGAUGGAAGAGGCCAAAGAAGUAGCAAAUUUUUUGUAUGAACAGGUAGACAAAGAUUUGCCAAAAGAUAUACAAGAACAAAUCAACAACUUGUUCAGACGUCUGAGUUCAAAUCAAUAAAACUAACAAUUCACACCUAACCUAUAGACUAUUCAAAUGUUCUCUUAUUGCACAUCAAAAACUAUUGCAUAUAUUAUUUUUUAAGUUAAUGAUUAACUGUUUUAAAGUAAUUUUAAGUUUAUUUAAAAGUAUAAUCCUAAACUAUUAUGUUUAUUUUUAUAAUUAUAUUAUUUAUUUAAAAUAUUA